UAAAGCUGGAAAUACAUAAUAAUAAAUCAAGAUAUGGAAAAGACUGCCUUAGCUAUUCUUCUAAUCGGUGUUGCUCUCCUUUCAUACUCUCCUGUCACUGAGUAUUUCCUUGAAGAGAAGACUGCCUGCUCUUGCGACAGCAUUGAAGACAUGAUAGCAUGGGCUGAGGGUAAGAGAAAAUGUGUGUACAAAGACUCCCUUGGCAUUCCUACAAUUGGUAUUGGAUUCAAUUUAAAAAGAGGUGAUGCUAGAAAGCUCAUUACAAAUGUCGGUGCUAACUUCGACAAAGUUCUUGCUGGUUCCCAGUGUCUCACAGACAGCCAGAUCUCGAAGCUCUUUAAGAAUGAUCAGAAAUGGGCUGAAUCUGGUGCUAAAGAUUGCAUCGGAAGCGAGAGUUUACUUGGAAAAUGUAUCUACAGAGUAGUAGUUGACAUGACUUUUAACAUGGGUCAAAACUCACUCUGCUCUUGGAAGAAUUUCAAGAGCCAGCUCAGGUCUGGAAACCAUGCUGCAGCUGCCAAAAACAUGGCUUCAACAAAAUGGUGUGGACAAGUCGGUAGAAGAUGCACAAGGAAUACCAAUAUUGUCAAAUCAUGCUAAUGUCUUCAUAUAAAUAAACCCAUUCCCAAC